UCAGUAAUAUGGGUUAUGGUAACCCUCGCAAUUGUGACGGUCGCAACCCGUUCGUACACGCAGCUCCGGAUCACGAAGCAGUUCGGCCUCAGCGACUGGCUCAUGCUCGUGUCCGUCAUCAUCAUCACGACCUUCGCAGCCCUAAUCUCCGUACAGUACCACUAUGGCUGGGGCCGGCACCAGGCCUGCAUCACAGACCUGCAGAAACUCGAGACGCAGAUCAAGUUCAAUAUUGUCGGACAGUCCUUUGGCAUCAUGGGCAGCACCUUUGGCCGCAUGAGCUUUAUCGUCUUCAUGCUGGUCCUGUUUGGAAGCCAGCGCUGGGUCCGGUGGACGUUGUGGGUCAUGUUUGUCGCGCAAAUCAUCACCAACUUGGGAACGGUUAUCGCGAUUUAUGCCCAGUGCAAUGACCCCAGGGCUCUCUACAUUUUUACUCUGUCUGAUGCACAGUGCUGGCCCUCGUACUAUCUCGGUUGGGCACAUACAUCAUUCAAUGGGGCCUGUGAUCUUUUCCUCUCCAUCUUGCCAGCAGCUAUGGUGUGGAACCUCCACAUGGCAACAAGGUUGAAGAUCGGCGUGGCCAUCUUGCUUGGCAUGUCAGCGCUGGCUCUCGUUGGUCUUAUCAUGAAAUGCGUCUAUCUGAACGCUCUCUCCAACACGGGAGAUUACAGCUACAACACGGUGCCGAUGUUUACAUGGAUCGUCGUCGAAGGUACACUUGUUGCGAUGGCAGCCUCGGCGCCUUUCAUCAGGCCCCUAUUCAGACACACAUUUCCUUCCACU